GUGACGUCUUGGAUCAUUAGUUUAAUCAAGUUUAAAUCAACAAAACAAAAAUCUUAUGUAUUUUUUUACCUAUACAACAAAGGUAAGAAAAGUCAUCACCUACUCGGCUACUCCAUAUAAUCCAUGCUAAUAAGUCCAUUGAAAAAAAAUCAUUCAAAUAGUUCACAACUCUACAAAAUUACAUCAAAAAACACCAUAUUAUACUAAUUAAUUAUUGCUUAAUACUUUAAGUUUGAGCAUUCACAUAAAUUAAAUCAAUAUCAUAUAUAGCAAUGACAGACGAAUUAAAGCUACUGGAUUACUGGGCAAGUCCUUAUGCUGUAAGAGUCAAAAUCGCACUAAAAGAAAAGGGUAUUACAGACUAUGAAAUCCAACAAGAGGAUUUGCUCAAUGCCAAAAGUCAACUUCUUUUCGAGAUUAACCCGGUUUACAAGAUGAUUCCAGUUUUGAUACACAAUGGUAAACCGGUUUGCGAGUCUCUAUUAAUUGUGGAGUAUAUUGACGAGAUAUGGAAAGAAAACUCACCAGGUUUGUUGCCUGUUGAUCCAUAUCAAAGGGCUCGAGCUCGGUUUUGGACCGAUUAUUUCGAUAAAACGUUUAUAACUUUUAUUAGCAAGUUAUGGAGCCAAAGAGACGAAAUUCAGCAGGAUGAAAAGAAUGAUUUCAUAAAUUUCCUAAAGUUGUUUGAAGAGGAGCUUGGAGACAAGCCUUAUUUUGGAGGCAACAAUUUCGGAUAUUUAGACGUCGCACUAAUCCCAAAUUAUAGUUGGUUUUACUCCUAUGAGACAUGCACUAAAUUGAGUAUAGUAUCCGAUUGUCCACAACUUAUUGCAUGGGCUAAGAGAUGUAUGGAAAGAGAUAGUGUGAAAUCUUCUAUGCCUAAUGAGCUAAAAAUUUAUGAAUAUGUUCAUGACUUAAAAGAGAGAUUUGGAACAAUUUGAGGUUCAUCAUUCAAAUUUGAACCAUAAUUUAAUGUACGUUAGUUGUACUAGUGUUUCGUCUUGUUGUAUGAAUUGUUAUGAGCAUUUUACAUAAUGUUGGUGCUUUAUAUUACAUGUAUAUGUUUAUUUUCA